AUGGGACGACCAAGGGUCACCGAGGCCGAUCCGUCAGGGAAGCUGAAGCGGGGACGACCCCCUACGAAACAACGUGAAGCGGCCGCCCGGACGGGAUUCGAUGGCAAGCUGUUUGAGCCGCCGAGGAGAAAGACGGUCUCCGUAUUCAAGCAGCCCGUCACGCUCGUGCAUACUACCAGCCGGGAUACGAAGAAGGUUGCGAAGGAGGUGCAAGAGAAACGUGCACCGGUCAAUCCCCCAGAGCAUCCGUUCCCACUCUUCUGGUACAAAUCGCUCGGAAACUUGGGCGCAUCGGUGCCAGUUCAGCUCGCGGAUAAGGCAUUUGAACGGCAACGACAACCCCAAUUUCUGCACUCGGGACUAACGCUGGGCGGGCGCAUGGAGCGGAUCACGGAUUUGACAACGGAUGCCGCGGCCAGCGCCUCACUCUUCCACUCAUUGCACAACCCGUUGGGCACGAGUGUGAAAGGGCAACGGAUGGGGAAAGAUGCGCUCGAAGCGAACCCGUUUGUCAACAUUGAAGCGGAGCAGCCACUAAUAAAGUCGAUUCACAUCAACCACCACGACAUCGAGGCGCAAGAGAAGCGUGUGCUCGACGCGCGCAAGCGGCUAACAGAGAUCCGGAAGAACUUUUUUGCU